CUCUCGCCCACUUUAUCAGAACCAACUGUUCGUCUGGACUACUUAUAUCUGCGCUCUCAACUCUUCUAUUUCCUGAGUUUCGCAGACAAACUCAGCCGCAGCAGCAGCUUUGGGAGAACUCUGGCGGCGGCGACGGUGGUUCCGGCGGCGAAAUCUUUCUAACACGAUUCGAUCUUAAGUAUACUCAGUCGUCUCCUUCGGUGUUCCUGCAGCUAAAAUGCGAUCCAAGGACAGAAUCGCCUACUUCUAUGACGGGGACGUUGGAAGUGUGUACUUUGGGCCGAACCAUCCGAUGAAGCCGCAUCGGCUUUGUAUGACUCACCAUCUUGUCCUCUCCUAUGACCUCCACAAGAAGAUGGAAAUUUAUAGGCCUCAUAAAGCAUAUCCAGUCGAGCUUGCGCAGUUUCAUUCAGCUGAUUAUGUUGAGUUCUUGCACCGGAUUACCCCUGACACUCAACACUUGUUCUCGAAUGAAUUGGCAAGAUAUAAUCUUGGAGAAGAUUGCCCUGUCUUUGAAAACCUGUUCGAGUUCUGUCAAAUUUACGCUGGUGGAACUAUAGAUGCUGCACGCAGAUUGAACAAUCGGCUUUGUGACAUUGCCAUAAAUUGGGCUGGUGGACUACAUCAUGCCAAGAAGUGCGAGGCAUCUGGUUUUUGUUACAUCAAUGACUUGGUUUUGGGGAUUUUGGAGCUUCUAAAAUAUCAUCCACGCGUUCUAUACAUUGAUAUAGAUGUGCAUCAUGGUGAUGGUGUUGAAGAAGCGUUCUAUUUUACAGACAGGGUGAUGACUGUUAGUUUUCACAAGUAUGGAGAUUUAUUCUUUCCUGGAACAGGUGAUGUUAAGGAAAUAGGACAAAGAGAAGGAAAAUUUUAUGCCAUAAAUGUCCCACUCAAGGAUGGGAUAGAUGACACCAGCUUUACUCGGCUUUUUAAAGCAAUCAUUGCCAAGGUUGUGGAAACAUAUUUGCCAGGAGUGAUAGUUCUCCAGUGUGGGGCAGAUUCACUUGCCGGGGACCGCUUGGGGUGCUUUAACCUCUCCAUUGAUGGACAUGCUGAAUGUGUGAAGUUUGUCAAGAAAUUCAAUUUGCCCUUACUGGUAACGGGAGGUGGGGGAUACACGAAGGAGAAUGUUGCUAGAUGCUGGACUUUUGAAACCGGAGUUCUUCUGGAUUCAGAACUCCCCAAUGAGAUCCCAGAGAAUGAGUAUGUCAAAUAUUUUGCCCCAGAUUUUUCGUUGAGGAUUCCUAAUGGGCACAUAGAGAACUUAAAUAGCAAGUCAUAUCUUAGUAUGAUUAAAACGCAGGUGUUGGAGAAUCUUCGUUGCAUUCAACAUGCUCCGAGUGUGCAAUUGCAAGAGGUUCCACCGGACUUCUAUAUUCCUGAUUUUGAUGAAGAUGAGCAGAAUCCAGAUGAACGUGUCGAUCAACACACACAAGACAAGCAAAUCCAGAGAGAUGAUGAAUAUUAUGAAGGCGACAAUGACAACGAUCAUAAUAUGGAUGAUGUGUAAUGUUUAACCCGGGAGAGACUUUGUUUCGGUGAUCGGGAGUAUUAGAUUUUGACUCACAUGGGAUUUUUUAGUGUGGGAUACAUAAGUAAUAUUCCAAUUGAUGGACAUACAUUAGCAUUAGAAAUACUUAUAUGUUGUUCAUAUUGUAUUUAGUUUUCUUCUCUAUGCUUUAAUUCUGAUUGAUGUCAAAGUAUCAUUGACUUUUUAACUGAAGAUUGAGAAUUUACAACCAAAAGAGUGGGCAAUGAUGGCUGUUAUAUUUUGAACUA